CCCUCUUCUCUCAUUGGCUGACGUCCUGACGUUGUACGUGCGUAGGCGCUUCCUCAACUUGACUAGCAGAAACUGCAAAAUAGAAGAUGUUGGUCCUGGUGUUAGGUGACCUGCACAUCCCCCACCGGUGCAACACCCUGCCAGCCAAGUUCAAGAAGCUGUUGGUCCCGGGGAAGAUCCAACACAUUCUCUGCACGGGCAACCUCUGCACCAAGGAGAGCUAUGACUACCUGAAGACGCUCGCCGGGGACGUCCACAUAGUCCGGGGAGACUUUGACGAGAACCUGAACUACCCGGAGCAGAAGGUGGUGACGGUGGGCCAGUUCAAGAUCGGCCUGAUCCACGGCCACCAGGUGAUCCCCUGGGGCGACAUGGCCAGCCUGGCGCUCCUACAGAGACAGCUGGACGUGGACAUCCUCAUCUCCGGGCACACGCACAAGUUCGAGGCCUUCGAGAACGAAAACAAGUUCUACAUCAACCCUGGUUCGGCCACGGGAGCCUACAGCGCGCUGGAAAGCAACAUCAUCCCCUCUUUUGUAUUAAUGGACAUCCAGGCUUCCACAGUGGUGACGUACGUUUACCAGCUGAUCGGCGACGACGUCAAGGUGGAGAGAAUCGAGUACAAGAAGUCCUAAGGGAGGCCUGAGGAAGAGGAGGAGGAGGAGGAGGAAGGGGAGGAAGGGGAGGAGUUGGCUCAGUGUGUCGUUUCAUUCCUUUCCCAGCAGGGGGCAGCAGCUCCCCUGCAGUCACCACAACGUUAAUGCUGUUAAUUAACUCUAAAUGAAAUGUGCAUUAUAUUGUUUAUGAAUCAUCAGCGAUUGCUUGCGUCCAAGCUGUCAUUUGGUAAGCGUAGAGAAUGCAAUAAUGUAACAUGUCUUUGUCAUCAAAAGAAGUAUGUGGUGCCCUUUUUGUUUUCCUUCUUUGUCAUUUUGUGUCCUGUAACCAUCAAGCCUUUAGCUUCAUGUAGUCUGAUUUUUUUCAGUUGAUUUAUUUCCCACAAUAAAGUUCUUAUUUCCCUCCA